GUGUGUGUGUGUGUGUGUGUGUGUGUGUGUGUGUGUGUGUGUGUGUGUGUGUGUGUGAAGGAGUAAGUGAGGGUGUGAGUGUGUUUAAGAGUGUGUCAGGACAUCGUGGGCGUGUCAGGUCGUAGUGGGCGUGACUGUGUGGUCGUGUUGGCGUGGUAAUAGUGUAUGCGCCGUUCUAAAGUUUUACCUAUGUCGUCUGUAGUGGAAGGAAAAGCAAGGAAAACAACUAAGAAAAGAAGAAAAAGAGGAAACUAACUUGUGGACUUCAGGAAGACGAAGGGAAAGAAAGAAGAAGAAAAAGAGGAAAAGAAGAAAAGGGAUUUUUAAGUUGAAGGACAAGAAGAAGAGGAGAAGGAACGCAGGAACAAGGAACAAGAGGAAAAGAAUAUUGAAAAACGACGAAAUUUGUGGAUUUAAGAGGAAGAAGAGUGGAAGACAGUGAGGCGCCCAAGAAGAAGAGGUGGUGUGUUUGCUGAGAGAAGAGGAACAAGAAGGAUUGUGAAGAGAAGAGGAGAGGAGAAGCACGUGGCAUAAGAGGAGAAAGAAGAGAAGAGAAGGAAUCACGAAACACACAAGAGGAAAGGAGAGACCGUGGCGGGAAGACAGGAGGUCACGAGGCCGAGAGGAAGGUGGUGGUACAGAAGAAAGCAGCAGCAGCAGCAGCAGCAGGGGGGGGCGGGGCGGGGGGCGUCGCGGCGUAACAGUUCUGAGAGGGGCGCAGCGCAGUACUUCCUGUUGCGCCGCCCCGUUGGCUUCCGUGUGGAGGCACCAAGGCCGGCCCUGCUCCCCGCCCUCCCCUCCCCUCCAGGGCCACCACGACCCUCACCCCCAGGGAUGAGACCUGCAGGGCCUCGCAGGACGCUGCUGCAGGAUUAGGUGGUGGUGGUGGUGGUGGUGUGCGGCGCUCCUCCAGGUGCUCCCUGCCGCCGCCGCCCCCAUGAGCAGCUCCACACCGCUGCCGCCGCCGCGCCUGGUCACCUCUAAGACGGUGUUCCUUCUGCCGCCGCCUUGCACGCUAGAGCUUCCCGUGCAGGCCUCCGUGGAGGGGCCGGGAGGGGCUGGCGGGGCAGGUGGGCCAGACAGGGCAGACGGGGCGGGAGAGCGGGGCACAGGGUCCGGGGGCGAGGGGGGGCGGGGCGGUGAUGGCAGCGGGCGGCAGGAGGACAGACCGGGGCUCAGUGUGUGUAGUCAGGCCGUGGAGGAAGGAGCCGCGCCGCCACCCACGCCGCCGCUCUCCGCCCACUCCUCGGACAGCGGGCUCUGGACGUGCUGGUCUGGGGGCGGGGACCACCACUCCUCCCCGCCGCCCUCACCACGACCACCGCGCCCGCACCGCCAGCUGGACACCGAGGGGCUGCGCCAGCUCAACCUCGUCAACCAGAGUAACUUGGCGGACUUCGCUCGCAAGUUGGUGGAGGAGGACGCCAAGCAGCAGCAGCAGCAGCAGCAGCAGCAGGGCGGCGGCCCCGCCAGUGGAACCUUUGACCGCAGUCGCAGCGCGAGGCGGAAGAAAGGCUCCGCUGAGGGAGGUGAGGCGCGGGAGGCGUGGCGCGAGCUUGCCGGGGUGACGCCCUCACGCAGGCUGCUACAGCUGAUGCGUCGCCUGCAGGAGAAGGUCGGAGACACAGUGCCGUCCAUCCUCGACCACGUCACCUUUGGCAGGUCGCCAGCGCCGCGCGCGGGCAAGCGUUCCCCUCUCAAGGACUCCUCGCUUUUCAACACCGCCACGCCGCCCCAGCACAAGCAGCAGCAGCUGGCGGUGGCCACGGCGUGCGGCGCCCUCGUGUCUGGCGGGGGCCAGGUGCGCACCUUCUUCAACACGAGCAGCCUGCCCGGCCUGCGCGAGGACCUGCUCAACAACAACGCUGGUGCCGGCCAGGACGCCCCUGUGUGCCUGGCGCGCCCCGGCGGACCCCGCGCCCAGUGGCGCCAGCUGCCGCACCCUGACUCCGCUGACAUGACGCAGAUGAAGGAGAACGUGGCGGUGGCGGCGCCCGUCAGGCAGUACCGCAACAAGAGCAGGCAGCGGCCCCCCAGCCCCGCGGGGGAGCGCCGCACCCCAGACCGCGUGCCCGGCUCGCCACGUGACCACAGCCGACAGCGGCACCCUCAGCUGCCCUCCGGCAGGGACAGGAGUGCUGGCAGGGACACACCGCGUCAGCGGGGACCACAGGGGCACUGCAGGGACCCCAGCCAUACACGCCAGGGUGAUGCACCCCGCAUCAGAGACCCCAGCCCCGUCAAGACCCCGCGGGAGUCCUUAGGGCAGCCCCGGGGACGGGACAGGACCAAUCGUUCACAUCUACGCGACCUUCCUCCCUUAGCGGGGGAGCGGCCCCGGGGAGGUGGGCCGCGAGGGGCGUCACAGCCUGCGGUGGCACACACCUUUCCCAGGGGCGUGGAGCCCCGCUACUCACGGCCCCCCAAACAGCGGGACAAGACCCUGCCACCCACCCCUCGGGACGCCUCCAUGGGCAGGCUGCGGCCUGAGGUGCUGGGCACGCUCAACGGUAACGCCCGCCCUGCACAGCACGCCACCCACCACAACCACCACAAUCACCACCACCAUCCCGCUACCAACGGCUUCCACUCCCCGCUCACCACAAGGCGCGGCGCGGCGCCCCACCAUCCCGGAAAGGGUGCAGGGCGCAGGGGGCGUGGUAGGGGGUCCCUGUGCCCGUCCAGUGGGGAUAGUGAGUCUGAGGUUGGGGGCGGCGUGCCUCGCAAGUUGUCCACGGACUCUUCCUCCUCAGGAGUGAGUGGCUCCUCGGGGGAGGCGCCCCUCGACCUGUGCCUCACCAAUAACAACAACAAUAAUGCCACCACCACCACCACCGCCGCCGCCGCCGCCGCCGCCGCCGCCACGGCCGCCAUGAACCAGCGCAACCUGGCCGCCACGCGCUCCGCCACACAGGGCAGCGGGGCGGGGCUGGGCUUCUCCCCCCACCAACAUCUGCACACCCGCACGCCCUCACAGUCACCCUCACCACAGCGGCGUGGGGUGGGACGCGGAGGAGAGGGUCCCUGGGUGCAGUGUGAGCGGCAGGGGGGCAGCGUGGCGGUGCUCAUCAACCGCUACGACAACACGGGGGACGCGGACCCCCUGCUCAAACCCACCAAGAAGCUCACCUCCUCCCGCAUGUCCGUGCUCAAGCCCCGCAGGCCCCAACCCACCCCUGGCCCCGCCCCGCUCCCUCCCAGGCACCUGCACCAACCCCCGCCCCGAGGGUGGGCGCCCAGGUGAAUGGCAAGGCGAAGGAGAACAAGAAGCACCGCAGUCGCGUGCACGUGGGCGGCGGGGACGCCCACGCCCUCGCCGCACACCACCAACACCACCACCACCACCCGGCCAGGACACAGCCGCCCGUCAAGGCCACCACCAUCAACAUCUC